GAAAUAGCCCAUCGCCAAUAGAAAAUGGAACAUCAGUUACAAAUCACACUAACAAUUCUGAUAUUAUCAAAGAAUCGGCGAUUAAUUCAAGAACAUUACCCUUACAAUCAACACAAUUACCACUACCACCAUCUCAAAAUAUUGAUAUACAUUCUGAUACAGCAUCUGAUUCAACUAGUCUUAUGGAUGAUGGUAGUGAUUCUAGGAGUAAGAGAGGUGGUAAGAGGAAAGCUUUGAGCCUUAUGGUUGAAACAUUUAAAGGGCCAAAUAGUCAGUCAGCGCAUAGUAUUGUUUCAAACAAUAAUGUAUCAACAAAAGAUAAAAGAAAAACCCUCGGUAGUGGUAUGUCUUCUAGUAGUUCUAAUGCUGCUAAGAAAGUUAUGGAUUGGUUUAGAAGAAAAUCUUUGGCAAGGGAUCAAGGUGUACAUAUUCAUAACAAGAUUGCUAAGGUUGACAAAACUACAAAUGGAGACAUUUCUACUAAUCAUUCCAAGAGUAAAUCCAAGAGACCAAAAAAUAAUCCGGCAGUAGUUGUUACACAACCUAAUAGUAGUACAAAUUCAACUUCUUCAUCACGCCAGUCUACAAUGACAUCAAUGGCUAACGUGGACUCUAAACUUCGUUUACAUCAUGGUGCA